AUACUGACUUUACAUGUAUUGUAAAAGCAGCGGAUACCCCGUUGCUCUCGUUGAUAAGUGUGUUUUUGUUGUUAGCGUGUCUUCUGCUGUAGCUAAUGUUACUCGACUAGCCGUUUAUCUUAACCUUCGCUCAUGCCGUCAAUUUGUCGGUGCCACUCUGUAAUAUUUACUCGUUGACAUACAUGUUAGGCUGCACUCGGGCAAAUAAGCAGGAAACCAUCAGCAAUUUAAAACCAGGAUGGCGGGUGAGAGUGGCGGAGAGGACCUAGUUUCAGAGUACCUGGGCCAGAAUCCGCAGCUGGCCCAAUGGGUCGAAACGUUCAGAGGCUACUGUGAGAGCAACAAGCAGUGGCUCGCUCGGAGAGAGUUCAUUCUGAGGAACAUGGAAGGUUUCCCUACGGUGCAGCCAGGAGUCCCCAGCAGCGGCCUAGACAGGCUGCUCUCUUUGUCCAUGGUCUGGGCUAAUCACGUUUUUCUCGGCUGCAGCUAUCCACCGGCUGUGAUGGACAAGAUCAAAGAGAUGGGAGAGGGGAUACAUGUCCAAGAUGCUCCUGUUCACAAAACAGCGAAAGGUGAACUCAUGGGCAAAGGAAAGCGGCCUGCUUCAGCUGAACUUGAUGAUGACAGCUGUGCAUUUAGAGCCAAAACUGGGCCUAAUGAGCUCGACAGUCGAUCUGCGGUUAGGACGGCAGCACGGUCUGGGAGUCAGAAGCUGGGACCACCUCCACAGGCUCCAGCAGAGCACCAGCCCUUCUUCAACCGCCUCUACAAGGCUGUGGCGUGGAAGCUGGUGUCGGCAGGGGGCUUCGGGCCCAACUUGGACCAUUUUGAAAUACUUCGCAGCUGCGUGGAGUCCUGUAAACAGACCCUGACAUGUGUGUUUGUGCCACUGAAGGACAUUACAGGCCUCCCCGCAGGCCGCACACAGAAGGAAGGCCACGUGUGUGAAAUUCGCUGUCAGACUGUCUUCAUGGGCACGGGAUACGGGCGCGACGAGGCCGCUGCCAGAGCCAUGGCUUCCAAAGAAGCCCUUAAAGUAUUUCAGGGGCGAAAAGUGACUGUAAAGAUCUGUAGGCGGAGGUACAAAGGGAAAGACGUGGAUGAUUUGAUGCUAUUGGACGAACAGCCGCGGAGCCAGGGCUUUCCUCCUGCUCUCAGCUACCCUUUUCAGGAUGAGCAGCUGGAAGAGAGUUCUGCAUAGAAGCUUAUGCUGAACGGAGCUACUGAAGGCAUUCAUGACUGUGUCGGGACCAGACUGUUAUGCAGCUGACCAUCAGAGCUAAACCAGAGAAUAUUAGGUAACCUGGAGCAUUAACUAUCAUGGUGCAUUUCACACAAUACGUUGGUGUCUUAACACAGGUAAUAGACAAACAUCUGUGCACGAUCACCAAAAUAAUAAAACUAGUCCCAAAUCUGCAAAAAAAAAAAAAAAAAAAAA